AGGAGGAGUAGAUCAGACAUUCUUUGCUCUUCGAAAGAAUGAGGACCUAUUGGUUGUCCAAAUCUAUGUCGACGACAUCAUCUUCGGAUCAACAUCCAAGAAGCUGGUCAAUCACUUUGUGAAACUUAUGUCGUCUGAAUUUGAGAUGAGUCUUGUUGGUGAACUUUCGUACUUCCUUGGACUUCAGUUAAAGCAAGGUAAUAAGGGUAUUUUCUUGCAUCAAGGUAAGUAUGCAAAUAAUAUUGUUAAAAA